AAAUAUUCCGUGUCUGCCGCUUAUGUUCUCUACCCUUCUUCGUUCACAAGUUUUACACAAUCUUCCACAUCUAGCAAGUUUCCGUGUGGGGCUCAUUUCUAAAGCUUCCCAAAGUUUCAGCUUCUCCGCACCUUUCUUAUAUUCCCGAAACAUGGCUACCGGCAAUUCCGCCAAAAUCACCGAUUGGGUGAACCCCGCCGACAAGUCGGGCGAGUUCAAGCGUCAGCAAUCCGUCUUCCGGAACUGGAUCUCUAGAGAGGCUGGCGCUCAGUUCCCUCCUGAGAAGGGCCGUUACCAUCUCUAUGUGUCGUACGCUUGCCCAUGGGCUCACCGGACUCUGAUUACCCGGAAGCUCAAGGGUCUUGAAGACUUCAUCUCCUUCUCCUCGGUGCACUGGCACCUUGGCGAGAAUGGCUGGCGAUUCGCUACUUCCGAUGAGAAGCUCCCGGGAGAGAACACUAUUCCCGAUCCCCUGCACCCGGAGUUCACCCAUAUCCGCCAAGUAUACUUCUCCAAUGACCCGGACUAUACAGGCCGAUUCACGGUCCCAGUCCUCUUCGACAAGAAGACUAAGUUGAUAGUCAGCAACGAGAGCUCAGAAAUCAUCCGAAUGCUUUACCACGAAUUCGACGACCUCCUCCCAGAGCAGUACAAAAGAGUAGACCCCUUCCCGCCAGCCCUGCAAUCGGAGAUCGACGCCUCAAAUGACUGGAUCUACAACGACAUCAACAACGGCGUCUACAAAUCAGGCUUCGCAACAACCCAAGAAGCCUACGAAAAAGCCGUAACAACCCUCUUCACCUCCCUCGACAAAGUCGAAGCCCACCUAGCCAAACAACAAGCCGCCUCAAAGCCGUAUUUCUUCGGCGAUGAGAUCACAGAGGCGGAUAUCAGAUUGUACACGACUAUCAUUCGCUUCGAUCCUGUCUACGUGCAGCAUUUCAAGUGCAAUCUUCGUGAUAUCCGCUCCGGCUUCCCGGCUAUUCAUGCCUGGGUGAGGCGCUUGUAUUGGGAUGUUCCUGCUUUCCGGGAUACCACUGAGUUUGAGCAUAUCAAGUUCCAUUAUACUAAGAGUCAUAAGCAGAUUAAUCAGUUUGCUAUUACGCCUCUUGGGCCCGUGCCUGAUAUUCUUCCUAAGGAUGAGGAGGUGAGGGCUGUUAAGGGGGCUUCAUUGGGAUAA